AUGCAUUCAGCUUCUGAUCAUCAUCAUCAUCCACCGACCAAACAUGGUAAUGGAAAAAUGGCACAUGAUCAUGAUCAUGAUGAUGAUAUUGAGGUGAUCACGGAAGAACUUUUACCAACAAAGCAGCAAAAACCUCCAGAAGGGCAUUUAGGAAGAAAGCUGAUGAAAGUGAAAUAUAUGGAGUGCCUCAAGAACCAUGCAGCAGCCAUAGGAGGACAUGCUACAGAUGGAUGUGGAGAGUUCAUGCCAGCCGGCGAUGAUCCGGCCAACGGAAAAGCAACCGAGCAAGCCCUAAAAUGUGCAGCUUGCCAAUGUCACAGGAAUUUCCACAGGAAGAUCACAGAAUUAGUAGUGGAUGAAUCAUCGUGUCAUUAUUUUCAAAAUGGUAAUGGUGGUGGUCGUGGAUUAGGUCAUCAAGAGGAGGGAUUCGGUACUUUUCGCGCGAAAGCGCGAUUAUCCAUUCCGAAUCUCACAUCAAAGCAGCAGAUUGAGACAGCAUCCAGAGCCACAAUGGCAGCAGCAGCAGCAGCAGAGAAGGUUGAUCAUCAACAUGAAGUGAGGAGAAUGAGAUGCAGGACAACAUUUAGCAAAGAGCAGAAAGAAAAGAUGUGGAGAUUUGCAGAGAGGAUAGGAUGGAAGAUACAAAUGUUGGAAGAGUCAGAAGAUUUAUUAAGUAGCCUUUUUAAAAUCCGAGAAGAUCCGACCUCAACAUUGCAGCAGAACGGCCGACCCCUCAAGUUUCCUCCGGCCGCUUCGCCGAAAAAUAGAGCUGGCGGCAACAGGCAGGAAAUGGCCAAACAACUAUUUCAACAUCUAUUUGUUUCAGAGCACAAUUUCGGCGGCAGGCUAAAUCACAGGAUAACAAUCUGUUCAUCAAUUUUUUCUCUAUCGGAUAUAUACUCGCCCCAAGAUUCAGCGAUGUAAACAUUUUUUUCCUAAUAUGUAAGUUAUUGAUCUUUAUAGUGUUGAUGUUUAUUCGAUCAAAAUGAACUUCCUACUUCAAGUUUUAAUCAAAAUUAAUCUCUACCUCGCACAAUCAAAUUAUAAAUUGAUAGUUUUAUGUCAAAUAUUGGCUGGUUGAAGAGGUAAUACAGUUUAAUGAUUUAGGGUUUCGUUUUUUUUUUAAUUUGGCUGCAAAAUGUAGCCGUCACCUUUGAAUGGGUGUUUGAUAGAUACUCCACCAUCAUCAAUUUCGUUUAUUUUCUCUCAUCAGACACGGGUUGUGUUUGCUCCAAUUUAUUCUUCUCUGUAAAGAAAGAAUCCCCAAAAGAGAACAACCAUUGUUGUGGCUGAACGGGAUGGUAAAUCGGCGGCUGAAACAAGCCGAAACAUUAAACCCUUUGGAUGUGACUUAUGUUCUAACUUAUAUAAUGGAUAUUUUUGUUUGAUUAUUUGCCGAUUAAGAUGAUAUUAUUUUUUUUAAUUAUCGGUUCAAAAAUGAAUCCAGUUUUAACAUGAGCUUCAUUCAAUUGCAGCCGCAGGUUGGCUCUGUAAAGGAGCUCAGACUUGCGAGGCUAACAAUGUGUGAUGCUGAGGAUGUUAUCUAAUUUUGGAG